AUGGAUGAUCAACUAAAACGUCUUGAAACGCUAACAAGUCGAUUAGAAUCUGUUGUCAGUCAACUAUCAUCUACCAAUACUAGUGGUCAAUCGCAUGUGAAUGAUGAUUCGGCAAAUAAUGUUGAUCAUUUACCUGUAUUACGUGAUUAUGAUACAUUAAUUAAUGAAUCGGUUAAACCAUUUUGUGCUAUUUCACAAAAAAUUGGCGAAGAAUUGACAACGAUGAGUAAUCAUGUUAAACAACUAUUUGAUGCUCAACAACAAUUUUUAAGAAAAGCUGUACAAAGUACUAAGCCAAUUGAUCAAAAACUUAUGGAAGCAAUUAAACCACAAUCAAAUGAAAUUGAAGCUAUUACAAAUUUUUCUAGCAAAAAUCGUAAAUCACCAUUUUUUAAUCAUUUAUCGGCUGUUUCUGAAGGUAUUCCAGCACUUGGUUGGGUUCUUGUUACACCAACACCUGGUCCACAUAUCAAAGAUAUGACAGACGCAGCUCAAUUUUAUUCAAAUCGUGUAUUAAAAGAAUUUAAAGAGAAAGAUCCUACUCAUGUUGAAUGGGUCAAACUAUGGGCUAAAGUAUUAAAUGAUCUUUAUACGUAUGUUAGACAACAUCAUACUACUGGUCUGGCAUGGGGAUCACAAGGCAAACGCGAUUUUGAAUCAGUUAGUGUAUCAACAGUUAAACCUGUUGCUGGUGGUCCUCCACCGCCACCACCACCACCUCCAAUGUUAUUCGAUACUUCUGCUAGUGACGCUGCCGAUAAUAGUCGCGCUGAAUUAAUGAAUUCUAUAAAUGCAUUAGGUCAAGGUGCAACAGUUCAUUUAAAAAGAGUACCUGACGAACUAAAAACGCAUAAAAAUCCGCAAUUAAGACAAAGCACCGAUAAUCAAUCUGCUGCUCAUGACGACAGUACACAUGGAAAGAAAGGUAUAGCACAACUUGUUGAUGGUAAACCAGUUGUACCACCUAAACCUGGAAAAACUCCACCACCACAAGUAACUGUUAAACCACAAACUGUCAAUGCACCAACAUCAACAACUGGUGGACCACCUAAAUUAGUACUCGAAGGUAAUAAAUGGUUAGUUGAAUAUCAAACAGGCAAACAUGAUCUACGAAUAACUGAAACAAAUAUGAGACAUAGUAUUUAUAUAUAUAAAUGUACGAACUCAACAAUAACAGUUGAAGGUAAAGUGAAUUCUAUUGUACUUGAUCAAUGUACAAAAGUUGGUCUUCAAUUUACAUCGGUGGUAUCAUUAGUUGAAUUUAUUAAUUGUAAAAGUAUGAAAGCACAAGUUAUUGAUCGUGUACCAACAAUACAAAUUGAAAAAACUGAUGGUUGUCAUAUUUAUUUAUCAAAUACAUCACUUGAUACGGAAUUUAUAACAUCAAAAUCAUCGGAAAUGAGUGUUAAUAUUCCAUUUGGUGACGGUGAAUAUAAAGAAUUUCCAAUAGCUGAACAAUUUAAAACAUAUUUUAAAGAUGGUAAACAACUUGUAACUGUACCCAAUGAAUCAUCUGGUGUUUGA